CCAUGACUGUCCGCUUAUAAAUACCGACACCAUAACUCUUAACCAUGGAGAAGAGUCGCGGAGUCCAAUCAAGAGGACUCGGGACACGCCCAGGACAGAUUAAGCCUUGGCAUAAUGGAUACCUUCCUAUUCACCUCUGAGUCUGUAAAUGAGGGGCAUCCCGAUAAGCUCUGUGAUCAGAUAUCUGACGCAGUGCUUGAUGCCUGCCUUGAACAUGACCCUGAGAGCAAGGUCGCCUGUGAGACUUGCACCAAGACCAACAUGGUUAUGGUCUUUGGAGAGAUCACUACGAAAACUGAUGUAGACUAUGAGAAGAUUGUACGUGACACAUGCCGUUCGAUUGGAUUUGUUUCUAAUGAUGUGGGACUUGAUGCUGACAACUGCAAGGUUCUGGUUAACAUCGAACAGCAGAGCCCUGAUAUUGCCCAGGGUGUCCAUGGCCAUCUCACCAAGCGGCCUGAGGAGAUUGGUGCUGGUGACCAGGGUCACAUGUUUGGAUAUGCUACUGAUGAGACCCCUGAGCUUAUGCCUCUCAGCCAUGUUCUGGCUACCAAGCUUGGUGCUCGCCUCACGGAUGUUCGGAAGAGUGGAACUUGCCCCUGGUUGAGACCUGAUGGCAAAACCCAAGUCACUGUUGAAUACUACAAUGACCAUGGUGCUAUGGUCCCAAUACGUGUCCACACUGUUCUCAUUUCCACGCAGCAUGAUGAAACUGUUACCAAUGAUGAGAUUGCUGCUGAUCUCAAAGAGCAUGUUAUCAAGCCCGUGAUUCCCGAGAAGUACCUUGAUGAGAAGAUCAUCUUCCAUCUCAAUCCAUCUGGGCGAUUUGUCAUUGGUGGGCCUCAUGGAGAUGCAGGUCUAACUGGGCGUAAAAUCAUCAUUGAUACCUACGGUGGAUGGGGAGCCCAUGGUGGUGGUGCUUUCUCUGGAAAGGACCCAACCAAGGUAGAUAGGAGUGGAGCCUACAUUGUUAGGCAGGCAGCAAAGAGCAUUGUUGCCAAUGGGCUUGCUCGAAGGUGCAUCGUGCAGGUGUCAUAUGCCAUUGGUGUUCCAGAGCCACUGUCGGUAUUUGUUGAUACUUAUUGUACUGGGAAGAUUCCUGAUAAGGAGAUUCUCAAGAUUGUGAAAGAGAACUUUGAUUUUAGGCCUGGGAUGAUUGCAAUUAAUUUGGAUCUUAAAAGAGGUGGAAAUGGAAGGUUCUUGAAGACAGCCGCAUAUGGUCACUUUGGAAGAGAUGACCCUGACUUCACAUGGGAGGUGGUGAAGCCCCUCAAGUGGGAAAAGCCCCUAGAGUAAAGCUAUGCGGUCCAUUUGGUUGCUUGCAAGGGAUUAAUGAUGUGCUUGACAUUUGCAGCUUCUCCUGUAACUGAUCUCAGGGUGCCUAUUGUUUGGUGGUCAUCUUGUUUUUUUUUUUUUGUCCCCUUUUUUGUAAUGUGUUUUCUGCCGUCUUUGGCCAUGUGAAGGAUCAAUGAUAUUUUUCCUUUUGUAACUA